AUGUCGACCCCCAGAGCGAAGCCUCUUGAGAAAUUCAUCACAGCCACUUCAAAAUGCACACUUGAAGGCGCCUCAUAUGGCAAAUGCAUCGUUGCCGAAUACCAGAAUGUUCGCAAGGAUAUGUGUGCGAAGGAGUUCAUGCAACUAAAGAACUGCUAUUUGGCAGCUGCAGGCAGGAAACGAUGA